UAGAAUCGAACAUCUUUACCCGGAAACCAUUGAAAAUGUACCCUACAAUAUUUUCGGCUUCAUGAAACCAAAAGUUGCCCUGUUCACGACUCCCAAUUCAGAGUGCAAUGUUCUGUUCAAUAUGACAGAAAAAUUUCGCCACGACGACCACAAAUUUGAAUGGACGCGUGAGCAAUUCGAAGACUGGGCCUACAACAUAUGUACACGAUUUCCAGAUUAUAAAGUUGCUUUUUACGGCAUUGGUCCUGGACCUGACGGCACUGAACAUCUGGGAUGUUGCAGUCAAAUGGCCUUAUUUGUUCGUUGCGAUUUUUACGACCUAACGUCGAAUGGCUGUGGUGACACCACAGCUGAGGGAUUUUCCUAUAACAGCAACCAGCUUGACCUGCCACAAGUUAUGAAAAUUCAAAGCGAAUCGGUUUUAACAGAACAUGUCAUCAUUAAUAAAGAAAGUGCAUCAGAAAAAUCUACUACAGAUGAUAUCAACCGCUCUAUAAGUGAUGAAGUCGAAGAAAUGAUUGUUGACAUGGCCACAACACAUAUCGAUAUGGAAAGUUACAGAUUGGUCACUACUUGCAUUUAUCCAAAGAAUAUGGACGACAGAUCUCAGGAGCAGAAGAUUUUCGAUGAAGCCUGUUUCCAUCUCAGUCGCUAUAUGAACUUGAAUGAUGAUCACUAUGAUGCCGACAACGAUAUUAUAAAAGUUCCUGUCAAGCGAAUAUUCGAAUUGGUAUACAAAUUUACUUCGGAUAUAAACGAGUUCAGAUACGUUAUGCGUAAAAAUAACUACACAAUCGACGAGGAUGAUGUCUUUCUCAUUAAACCGAUGGACACGGAAAGUGACGAAGAAGACGACAUGCCCGCCAAUUGUGUUGAUGCGCUUCCACGCCAAGUAGCAUCGUCAGAUGAAGAUUGGGAUUAAGUUUUUAUAUUUUGUACUGUUAUACUAUACAUUUUGAGGAAUAUUGAACAAACUUACGUGGAAAAUAAAUAUUUUGGUCACUUUUCAUAUCUAAACAAACCUUGGUUGUAGUAGUUUCCAAGUGCAGCGGGAGGCGGCUUCAAAUGACCAAAGUUUUGUGGUAAGUUAAAGGCGUCAACUUAUUAAAGAGUAAACGAGAAUUUAUUUGAUAAAUGAAAAUUAACUUCGCAAAAAAAUAGGACGAAUUUUUGAGCAAUUCGCUGAUCAAAAUUCGUAGAUUUUUGUAGUUUUUAUAAUUUCUGAUGGCACGAUGAAGCUCUGCUUCUGUGGAAAUGUAAAG